GCCCCGAACGAGCUUUCUCUCUUCCCCCCCCCCCGCUUUACUCCUCCGUCUCCUUUGUUGACAACCGGUUCUCACCAAACCCACAACAGGUCUGGUCACCUACUACUGUGCUGACUUGAGUCCCAGAAUUCCCCAGUUCUCCACUGGUUAACCGCACCCACUGGGGGUGUGUGUGUGUGUGUGUGUGCGUGUGCGUGCCGGUUAGCCUGUUGGGGGCCACGGCCUGGGGUGCGAGCCCUGUUCACGGACCCUUGUCCUCAUGGAACUCGGCGCCUCUCCCGGUGUCUCCCGGUGUCUCCCGCUCCUCUCCCUCUCCCUCUCUCUCGUACCUGCGUCUCCACCGGCUGCCCCAGCCUUCCCUUCAGGCAACCCCGUCCAAUUUGCAUAUUCAGCUUGCAGCCAAUGAGCCGCGCUGGCGAAAAGGACAAAGUUCCCGAAGGAGCGGCACGCUCACCUUCCGCGCUGCGCUCCGAUCGUGCCUGCGUCAGGUAACAGGUAGCAGGGCGCGGGUGAGCGCGCUCCGCCGAACCCAGAGCACAGGCUGCGCGCACCUGGUCACACAUCAUCCCCCUUCCUCGGUCAUCGGUUAUGUGAAUCCCUCGAGGUGCCGCCCCCGACACCCCGAGAAUGAGCCGACCAGAGGCGGGGGGAGGACCGGAGGAGGCCACGCCCCCGGACCUGUGCCACACCUGCGGGCACAGGCACCUCCUGGAGGAGAACCACGAGUACCGCUACCAGGAGGAGGCGGACGAUGACCUCAUGUGCCAGAUCUGCCUGCAGCCGCUGACGGCACCCCUGGACACGCCGUGCGGACACACCUACUGCACCGAGUGUCUCACCAGCUUCCUGCUGGAGAAGGACUUCUGUCCCGUGGACCGAAAGCCGCUGCUGCUGCAGACGUGCCGCAAGUCCAGCCUGCUGGUGUGCAAGCUGCUGGACAAGCUGGUGGUGGCGUGUCCCUUCUCGGAGCACUGCAGCGAGACGCUGCCCCGGGGAGAGCUGGAAGCACACCUGAGGCACAGGUGCAAAGGAGCCUCCCACUACGGGCUGUCGGGGGACCGGAAGCGGCGCUCGCAGGAGGGCGACUGCACGGACAGCACGGCGGAGCUGACGGUGGCCACGCUGCCCUCCGAGAUGCCGCCCUCUGCCAACGUUGCCCUGCUGUCCGACGACCCCGGCCUGGUGAACCCCGCCUUCGACCCCAGCGUCGAGGACAACAGCCAAUCAGGGAGCACCACGAGCCUGGCCGCCCGCAGCAACACCAAGAAGAUUCGGAACUUUGACCGCUCCUCAGUGCGCAGCCGGUCCUUUCGCCGUUUGAACCGCGCCUUCAGUGUCCUGCGCAGGACCAAGAGCGGCACGGCGGUGGCCAACGAGAGCGCAGAGGAGAGAGACAACGCGCGCAACGCGAGUGUGCCGCAAGAAGUGCUGCCCCUGCCUCAGCUGCACCACCUGAUCCCUGAUGGAGAGGUCACCAGCAUCAAGAUCAACCGGCCCGACCCUUCGGAGCCGCUGGCCAUCAGCAUCGUCGGGGGCAACGAGACGCCGCUUGUGCGCAUUUUCAUCCAGGACAUCUACCGGGAGGGGGCCAUCGCCCGGGACGGCCGGCUUCUGCCGGGGGACAUGAUCCUCAAGGUGAACGGCAUCGACAUCAGCAACGUGCCGCACUGCUACGCUGUUUCAACGCUGCGCCAGGCGGGGGCGCUGCUGCGCCUCACCGUCCUGCGGGAGCAGCGGCACCGGUACCGCUCGAACCCCCCGCCGCCCGAAAGCCUGGUGCUGCGCGACGACGGCCUGCAGGUGGCGCUCACCAAGAGCUGCCCCUCGGAGCAGCUGGGCAUCAAGCUGGUGCGGCGGCCGGAUGAUCACGGAGUCUUCGUGUUCCACCUGCUCGAAGGCGGGGUGGCGGCGCGCGAUGGGCGCCUGCGCGUCAACGACCGCAUCCUCGCCAUCAAUGGCCACGACCUGCGCUACGCCGCGCCGGAGCACGCCGCGCUGCUCAUCCAGGCGAGCGAGGAGCAAGUCCACUUCAUCGUGUCUCGGCAGACGCGGCUGCAGAGCCCAGACAUCCUGCAGGAGGGACCGUGGAGCCUGGAUGGUCCUCCGCCCUACUCUCCUGAGGACAGAGAGCCAGGCCUGCUGGACACCUGCCAGAAGCCGGCCUGCUACGAGAAGACGGUGACGUUGAUGAAGGAGCCGCACGACUCGCUGGGCAUGACGGUGGCGGGGGGGAUGGCAAGCCGCGGCUGGGACCUGCCUGUGUACGUCACCAACGUGGACCCUGACGGCGUCGUGGGACAGGAGCGCUCCAUCCGCAAAGGGGACAUCCUGCUGGGCGUGAACGGGCUCGACCUGACGGGCGUCACUCGGGCCGAAGCCGUGGCCAAUCUGAAGAACGCCUCGUCCCCCGUGGUACUGCGAGCGCUGGAGAUGCGCCCCCCGGAGGACGUGCCCCCUCCACCCAGUGGCAACGGCUCUCCGCCGUCGCCCGACGACGACUACUCCCCCUUGUGGGUGUCUUGGCUGCAGGUGCCCAGACACCUGUCCUGCUGCAAAGACAUCGUCCUGCGCAGGAGCACCUCGGGGAGCCUCGGCUUCAGCAUCGUCGGAGGUCACGACGAGGUCAACUGCAACCAGUCGUUCUUCAUCAGGUCCAUCGUGGAGGGAACCCCAGCGUACAACGACGGCAGGAUCCGGUGCGGGGACAUCCUGCUCGAGGUGAACGGGCAGAGCACGUGGGGCAUGACCCACGCCAUGCUGGUGCGCCUCCUCAAGGAGCUGCGAGGGAGGGUCACGCUCACCAUCGUGUCCUGGCCGGGGAGUCUGCUGUAGAGCGGCGCUGCUGACGGACGCCUCGCUCUUCGGUCCGUGUCCGCAGAUGCCCCGCCCCCUUUCCGCCCCACGGGAGGCUGCAGGGUGGAGAGGCACACUUGCCAAUUGCAUUAGUUAUCUGUCAGUUAUUAAACGCUUUCGAAUGGACUUGCGUUAUUUCACUGUCACUGUCGGUGUCUCAGCGUCCGGGUUCGAGGACUUGUGCUUCUUCUUCUUCUUCUUCUUCUACGAUGGCCUUUGAGCAACGGCUCUCCGUUCGAACUCAGAGUGGUUUCUCUUCCCCUCUGUUGGACACUUUGCCAAGUAGACUUGUGUGGAUUUUGUUCUGAUGCUGUCAAUUUUUCAAAGCGCAUUAAAAAAAUCUGUUUAAAUAUACAGUGUACAUACAUAUAUACAUAUAUAUAUAUAAUGACACGAACACACACACGUCACCAUGUUCAGAACGCGUGCAGACGAGGAGAGGACUAAGGAGGCCUUACUCAUUUCGUACCUUGCGAGGGAAGUCAAGGGCCGAGCUGCUGGGCCGUUUUACCUGCUUCCGCCUGUGUGACACGUCUCGUGGCACC